AUGAAGUCCAGGGACAGAGAGCCAGCAGGCAGAAGGAGGGGACGGGUGGACGUGGGGACAGGGGCUGAGAGACUGACACAGGUGAGGGAAGCCGACUGCCAGGCCUUCGUCCGCCGCACAGCCCAGGGCAACACAGGGCUGCUGACCAACCUGCCCGACCAGAAGGCCACCCUGCGGCACAGGGCCCUGGCCUGCCUGGGAGGGCCCCGCCCGAGCCUCAGCACCUCCGACCUGCUGCUCCUCGGGGUCCUGGUGUGUGACACAGAUGCAUCCAGCAUCAUGGCUGCAGACCCCCAUGUGCUGCAGAACCUGCGGCGCUGUCCCCAGCUGAUGGCCGCCCUCAACAGGCUGCUGGCCAGCGGCAGGACCAGGCUCGGGCCCUCUGGCUCCUGGAACCUGGAGGGGCUGCAGGCUCUGGGACCCCUAGCCACCUACAUCAGCCCCAGCCUGUGGAUGCAGCUGCAGGAGGCCGUGGGCCUAGACUUCUUUGGCAGCAUAGUGGCCAUAGUGGCCACGGGCAGGGCACUCAGCCAGUGUGAUGCCAGGCGCUUUGGCACUGGCUUCCUCGAGGCCAAGGCCAAGUUGGUACCCUCACGGCCCAAGCGGGACACAGGGAGACCCUGCAUCCCUGGCAACAUCACUGCAGCCACGCUGCACAAUGACCUCUUCCUGGUACGCUACGACUGCGUGCAGCUCGAGUCCUGCCUGGGCAGCCGUGUGCUCAGGGCCAACCUGGACCCCCUGCUGCAGCACCCACUGCCCACCCAGUGCCAGAAAGUCGUCAAGGCCAAGCUGGCUUAGGUCUACCCAGGCAGCGUCCCCGAGGAGCAGCUGCAGCUCAUCCCCUCGCUGGCCUACCUCUACUCCCAUGUGGAGACUGGCCAGUGGCACAUCAGGUCCAAUGACACGGUCGUGGCCCUGCUGGCCCCAGACGGGGCCCUGGAGAACCAGACAGAGGGCAUCCUGCAGAAGUUCCUGGACCACAACGGCACCAUCACCAGUGCCCUGCUUGUGGCCAACGGGGGCUCCCGCCUCUGUUGGAUGAGCCCCCCCCAGAUCCAGGCCAUCCGGCCCUUGGAGUUUCGGCUGGCCGGAGCCCUAGACAUCUCCUCCUGCCCUCAGAGCCGCAAGAACGUGCUCUACGACAAGGCCCGAGAGGCCUUCGGCACCGCCAGAACUGUAGACGCCUACUACAGCUUCACGCCUCCCCCUACCUCGGUGAGACCUCGCCCUGCGUAGGGCACGCCUCCCGGAGCCCCGCCCCUCAUCGCUGCCCCGCCCCUAGGCGGUGCCCCCGUGGAGGAGCUGCGGCACCUGCCCCAGGCUAACGUCUCCGUGGACAUUGACACUUUCACCAGUCUGAACACCCGAGUGCUGCAGAGCCUGAGCGUGGGCAACGUGACGACGCUGCUGGGCUAGAACAUGGGGGACCUGCAGAAGGCUCACAGCCACCCCACCAUCAGCUCCUGGCUCUGCAGCCUCAAUCGGUCAGCCCUGGGCGAGCUGGGCCUGGACACGGACCCAACCGGCCCCACCGGCCUCACCCACGUGACAACUAGGACCCCCAACACCAUCCCCUGGAUGCCCCAUCUAGUCCCCACCUCAGACCGGCCUUGGAGCACUGACCCCAGCUCAGGCAGCCCACCUGGGGUAUCUGCCACUUGCUGUGGCCCUGCCGUCAGGCCUCCUGUGGCUGCUGUAUUGGAGCACCCUGGGGCCCAGCUGGAACCACUCACAGGGCACGUGCCCCAUGGCCUCCAAAGACAGCGCUGCCCCAGCACCACUUGCAGGAAAACCGGGGCUGGUAGGUGGAGCUGGAUGCCUGCCUAGACCAAGAUGCCUGCCCCAUGCCCAGGGGACCUGGCCACGUCCCACAUCCCAGGGGCCUGCAGGGCCAGUCCCUGCCCACACCCAGCUCCCAGGACCUGGAGCCAGACUGAGGACCUGGGCCCAGGGUCACUGCCCCAGCCAGUGAGGGAGAUGCUGCCCCUGCCCUCUGGCUUCUUCCAGAUGAAGAACUGGGGUUGGGGAGGGGUUUCCGCGGACUGACUUCGCUGAUUGAUUUGAAUAAAGGACAA